UAUUUACAUGUCUAAUUCGCAACAUAUUUUCCUGGAUAUCUCCUGAGGUCUUCCUAUGUCUGUUUAUCCCAGAUAUCUUUCUUAAUUGAAUAAAGAAUUGAUUUUUAUAAAUGGAUUAAAGUCACAGCUAACUUAGACGUGUUUAGUGCAGCGCAGGCAUGGGCGACGGUGUGGCAAAGAGUGGGGCAUACAAAUAUGACGAUGGUACAAAAUAUAUUGGUGAUUGGAAUCGUAGGGGACUGAAACACGGUGCUGGUCUACUAGCUCUUCCGGAUGGAACGCGAUAUGAUGGAGCAUUUCAAAAUGGAUUAUGCUCAGGCUUGGGAGUUAUUGUAUUUCCCGACGGAGCGAAGUACGAGGGAGAAUUUAUGCAAGGAUGGUUUCACGGCCACGGUGUGUUCUGGCGAGCCGACGGAAUGAAAUUUGAAGGGGAAUUUCGUGGAGGUCGUGUCUGGGGCUUAGGUUUAGUGACUUAUGCUGAUGGAUCGCACGGAUUUCCGAGGAACGAAGGUUUUUUUCAAGACUGCAGAUUAGUGAGGCGACGACGUUGUCCUGAUAUAGUGCAAAAGGCGCAACAAAUUUCUAUGAUGGCACGUGUUCAGUGCAGCUAAGCGGAAGUAGAAUUGUAGACGUAUAUUAGCUAAUAAAAGAGAAUAUAUAAUCUUCA